CUCUCCCCACUCUCUCUCUCUUCCCACAAUGAAUUCCACCGGCCGCCAAACUGCUCCACCCAUCAAGCGCCACCACACUGCCCGCUACUACGCCCACCGCGUCCGAGAAAGCCUCACCACCCGCGUCUUCAAGCUCAUCUGCUCCAUUUUUCUAGGCCUUCUCCUCGUAGUAGGCUUCCUCACCUUCAUCCUCUGGCUCAGUCUCCGCCCCCACCGCCCCCGCUUCCACAUCCAUAAAUUUUCUGUUCCGAAUUUGACGGAGGGAGCCGGAUUCACCGAAAUUACUUUCAACGUAACGGCCCGAAACUCGAACCAGAAUAUCGGAAUUUACUACGAUUCAAUGGAGGCGUCCAUCUAUUACAAGGACCAAAGGGUCGCAACGACGUCGUUGCUGUUCCCGUUUUACCAGGAGCCGAAGAACACAACGGUCAUCUACAAGGAGUUGAAUGGGAAUUCGAUCACGGAGAACAGCGAGCGUACGAUGGAGCUGAUGAAUGACGUGGCGAAAGGGACGGUGGUGUUUGGUCUGGAACUGACGUCGACGAUUCGCUUUAAGGUGUCCACCUGGAAGACUAAGGGGCACAGAAUGCAUGCCAACUGUGAUGUUGGGGUGGGCCAGGAUGGAAACAUUUUGGGUGCUUACAAGGAUAAGAGGUGUCCGGUUUACUUCACUUGAUAAUUUAAAGGGGGGUGGGGGGUGGGUUGUGGCUUAAUUAGUUUUAAUUGCAUGUGUUUUUGGUAAUGGGAUUUGCAUUUAAUUUGUAAAUUUAUAAUUCUUUUUUAAGAUAUCAUUGACAUUGAUUA